GGGACCCCGAAAAAGCAGACCUGCGAGCAUCACCGUCGAGGAAUUCGAGGCUUCAUCGACACUAACCAACAGCCACCAUGCCUACCCGGUUUUCCAAGACAAGAAAGCACCGCGGCCAUGUGUCCGCCGGUAAGGGGCGUGUCGGCAAGCACAGGAAGCAUCCGGGUGGUCGUGGUAUGGCCGGUGGUCAGCACCACCACCGCACCAACCUCGAUAAGUACCAUCCCGGUUACUUCGGAAAGGUCGGCAUGAGGCACUUCCACCACCUCCACAACCACGACUGGGCCCCCACCAUCAACAUCGAGAAGCUCUGGUCUCUCGUCCCCGUCGAGACUCGGGACAAGUACGUCAGCGGUGCCAAGAGCGACUCUGCUCCCGUCAUUGACCUCCUGUCCCACGGCUAUGCCAAGCUCCUCGGCAAGGGCCGUCUCCCCGAGAUCCCCUUCGUCGUUCGGGCGCGGUACGUCAGCGCGGAGGCGGAGCGCAAGGUGACGGAGGCCGGUGGUGUUGUCGAGCUCGUUGCCUAAGUCGGACGCGGUUACGGUUAAAUCAAAGGCUAGCGAUUGACAUUUUCGGUUACGAGGGACAACCGGAUAGUGAGCCCAAUGGGACGGAUCAGACGGCCAGAACGUCGUCAGCUAUGAGUGCUGGGUCCCGGAGUCAUGGUUGGUUCCUUGGGGUAGUGGAAAGCACACCCCACAUUGCAGCAUCAAGGGAAUGGGAUGUUUAUUCGCAUCAUCUGGGGUUCCUGGCCGUCUUGUGUUCCAUAUCCAUUUUGAGGUUCGAGCAAUUGAGUUCAUGGUUCAGGAUUACGGCCACAACUGCUGGGUAGAGAGUAAACGGAGAAAGUGAGGGCAGGGAAUCGAUGUCACUAGCACAAUCCGGCGUCAAUCAACAAAAAUCCUGCUGAUACAAACGGUCACCGCGAGGUGACGAGCGGGAUGAUUUGAUAACCUCGGACGGGAAACAAGAAGACUGCGCCGAAA